GCUGUGUGUUCUCUUGAGUGGCUAAUUGGUCGUGUAUGACGGGACGAAAACCGACGGAAUAACCACGAACUAACAAAUUGACAUGCGCACAUAUGUAUAAAUUUUAUGUGCAUAAGCCGCUGUAUAUUUAUAAUUGCAAAAAAAAAAAACAAAAACAUAUGGUAGAUAUUUUGCUUUGAGGCGAUUGCGUGUGUUCGUGUGUGAAUUCAUUAAAUGGUUUUUAUUGUAGAAAAAGUGCACAUUUCAAAAUGCAAAAGCAACAAUAAUUGCCAACAACAGCGAAAAUAACAAAGCCAAAAGCAAAUCUCUCUCAGUGCAAUAAUUGUGUUUCUAGGCGCAGUGAAAUUACGGUUGGAAGGCUGAGUAAUUUUUACAAAGCGGUGAUCAAAUUUUUUAAUGAGCAUUAAAUAAAAAUAUCUAUAGUACACUUCAACCACAAUAAAUUACAAAAACAUCUAAAUAUAAGAGAUUUCUGUAUUUUGUGCCCAUAGCGGCACUAAAAUUCAACAGCAACAAAAAUCAAACGAGAUUUAUUACAACAGAAUUGAAAGCUGAGCAGCAUGUAAAACAAGCUUACUCUUAAUUUCAAGUACUAUUAAACGCAUUUCUGGCCGUUGUUAUUGUAGCCGUCGUCCCCUAUUACCGCGGCCAGCAUGUCACAUCAGACCGCACGCCGGGCGCCAGCGCCCACAAGCCUCGAAUGUCCUUUGGCUUCGCUGGGCCGCAACAGUAGUGCCGUUAUCGAUUCAUUGACGGGUCACCAUCAACCGCCAUAUCGCCAUCCGCUCAGUUCCAGUCCACUCGAUCCACAGGUAUAUCAAAUGUCACGCAAAUCACCUGACCUCAGCAUCGACGCGGACGAUAUCAUCUAUACGCCAUCCGCUUCACAACAGGGCGACACAGUGGAUGGACUGCUCGACGAAUUGGUCAAUAUUGAAGAAGAUGCAGAUGCUGCUGCCGUUGCCGCAGCUGCCCAGCGCAACCACGCACUUCCAGAAAUAUUUCAAUUACCCCGCAGCGGGUCGCAUGGCAGUGGCGCAUCGGUGGGACGUAUUACCCGGCACCAGGGUGGACGUUGCAGUGUACCCACUGUAUCGGGUGCGGUCAACGGAAAUAGCACGCGAAAUGCGCAAUACUUUUUAGAGAAAAAAAUGGAUGCGCUAUAUUUGGGAAACGCGAUACGUGCGCUGCCGCUGGGCUCGGAGGCGAGCCAUUUUCAGAACGAGCGCUACUUUCUCGAAGAAGGGCUGCGCAAUAUAUGUAAUUACAGUAAUGGUACUGAACGAUUAACUGAUGCGCACUACCUACGGCAUCGCGCGUCAAGCCCCAGCGAAACGAGCGGAUCCGAUCGUUACCUACUCAAUCGCACCGGUUCACCAACGGAUGCAUUCAGCUCGUCCAAUCAUCUGGACAAUUUCCCCAAUUCGAACAGUAACAGCACAUCCUCCAAUCUUGCGCUGGAACAACGUUUCCAUCACACCAAAGUGAAAAGUCUAUCCGAUGGUCUAUGCAACAUUGGUCGCUUCUCGCCUAGUCUAGAUCAAGGUUAUGCCACUCUUGUCUCGCCAUCGCCAACGGGUCACCAUCUGAAUACCAUUACAACACAUAGUAUCGUUCACCACCCACCACCGUCCACGACCACAUUGACGACGGUGACACGCUCACGACACGACAAUGUUGCGCCACCACCGUGGAACAAGAAGACCUUUCGUUCGGGACCACUCUUUGAUCGGCUGCCCGACGAAGUCGUAUUAAAGAUUUUCAACUGGUUCGACAGCUGCGAAUUAUGCAUUUUGGCGCGCGUUUGUCGACGCUUUGACCAACUCGCAUGGCGCCCACUGCUAUGGAAGGUGAUUUCGCUGAAAGGCGAGCAUCUAAAUGGCGAUAAAACACUCAAAAUGAUAUUCCGACAGCUGUGCGGCCAAACUUGCAACGGCUCUUGCCCAGAAGUUGAGCGAGUUAUGCUCUCUGAAGGCUGUCGCAUAUCAGACAAAGGUUUACAACUGCUGACACGACGCUGCCCUGAGCUGACACAUCUACAGCUGCAGACGUGCGUACAGGUGUCCAAUCAGGCGUUAAUGGAUGUGCUUACGAAAUGUACCAAUUUGCAGCAUCUCGAUGUGACGGGUUGCAGUCAGGUGAUCAGCAUUAGCAUGCAUCCGAACCUGGAACAGCCACGUCGUCUUCUGUUGCAGUAUUUGGAUCUUACGGAUUGUAUUGUCUUAGAUGAUGUCGGGCUUAAAAUCGUGGUGAAAAAUUGUCCUCAACUGGUAUAUCUUUACCUUAGGCGCUGUAUCAAAAUCACAGAUGCCGGCUUAAAAUUCGUGCCAAGCUUUUGUAUUGCUCUCAAGGAGCUCAGCAUAUCCGAUUGCGUGAACAUUACCGAUUUUGGGCUAUACGAGCUCGCCAAACUUGGCGCCGUUCUACGCUAUCUCUCUGUGGCGAAAUGUGAUCGUGUCUCUGAUGCUGGCCUCAAGGUGAUCGCGCGUCGCUGCUACAAGCUACGUUAUCUAAAUGCACGCGGCUGUGAAGCAGUUAGCGAUGAUUCUAUAACGGUGUUGGCACAUUCCUGCCCGCGACUGCGCGCACUCGACAUCGGCAAGUGUGACGUGAGUGAUGCCGGCCUGCGUGCACUCGCCGAAAGUUGUCCGAAUCUGAAGAAGCUCAGUUUGCGGAAUUGUGAUAUGAUUACAGACCGGGGCGUGCAGUGUAUCGCGUACUAUUGUCGUGGCCUUCAACAGCUAAACAUACAGGAUUGUCAGAUAUCGAUCGAAGGCUAUCGAGCAGUGAAAAAAUAUUGCAAGCGAUGUGUUAUAGAGCAUACGAAUCCAGGAUUUUGUUGAACGAGAAAGUGUUGGGUAAAUUCGGUUGUGCUUUUUGAAUGGAAAGAGCACGAUGUGAGGAACGAUAAGAGGCAAUAUGCAUAAGAUCGAGAUUUGAUUCGAAAUUGUUGAAUGUUUUCAAAUUCUAAAUAUGUAAUGUGUGAAAUUAAUUUGGGGGGUUUGACAAAAGUAUGAGGCUUGAUGAAAUGCUUAAGUUCGCUCGCUUAAAAUCUAAUUACGAAAUAUUCGAUUUAAACUUAAACUCAAAGAAAACUCUUUUGGAUGGUUAAAGUUAGUUUUGCUCCUCCUUACAACUGAAAACACUCUGAAUGUUAUGUGAAUUAUACAAAUUUAAAUACUGAUAAGACCAAUCAAUUUUUAAGCUGUCUUCAAAAAACAACCUUAACUCGAAAAUAACAUUUGAAAUUGUUUUAAAUGAUUUGAAAACUUCGGAAAUUUUCGUUUUUAGAAGAAAAAGAAACAAAUAGGUAGGUUUAAACAGAGAGUUACUAUUUUCUAUUAUUUAACAUAAAAGAUAUUUCUGUUCAUUACAAUAUUUUGCUUAUUCUUUUGUUUUCUUUUUUUUAAUAAGAUAAUUUAAUUUAAAAUCUUCACGAACUAUAAAACUUUAA